CGGCAAAAUAAAGUUCGGAAGUUCCCGAUGACGUCGCCCUCCACAACACCGGGGCAGGCUGCCGACGUGGCGGAGAGGCAGGGCGGAAGAAUAACGCGACUAGCCGGUUGUCAAGCAGAACUGCCUUAAAUCAGGACUCAGAACAGGCUUUGCAUCGGAUGCUACUCCGGCCAUCAGCUGAACUUCCCCACGAAAAACUACAUGGUAACAUCUUGUCCUAGCUCUUGUUGAGUUUAGUUCUCAUUGUGUGAGCCUGCGUCUCUGUGUCUUGCUCCAGCUAUAGAGCACCAUGUCACACUCUGGGGACAGUGCGCCCACAGAGACGCCCCAGCACCUCUCCCCGCCCUUGGAAAGUGAGCCCACUUCUCCAGGGGAGAUGGAGGUGUGUGAUUCCCCCCCUGAGCCUGGCCAGGGGCCCGUGCCGGACAGUGAAGGGAGUGAGGCUGCUGACCCGGGGAGGGGAGCAGAAUCCCAGGGGGACCAAUCAGAGGACACAGCUGGGAGUCAGGUGACGGAGUGCAGCGAAUCAGUGAGCCUGGAGCCAGAGGGGCCUGUGGAGCAGGAAGGCGAUGGACUGGAGGACUCCUCUCACAGCAGAGGCAAAGGCUGGGGAGGUUGGGGGUCCUGGGGAAAGUCUCUCCUGACCAGCGCAACUUCCACUGUGGGCCAUGGGCUCAGUGCUGUGAAGGAGAAGGCGGGGGUCACCAUGCGGAUUCACAGAACCUCCACCUGUGAGGAGGCCCAGGAGGCCGAGGCAGACCUGGCAGCCCAGACAGAUGCAGAUUCCUGUGUGGAGCGGAUGGAUCCUGUGCCCUCCACUAUGGCGACCCGAGGAGUUCUGUCCACCAUCACCAGCGCUGUCCAAAACACAGGCAAGUCUGUUAUAACAGGAGGCCUGGACGCCCUGGAGUUCAUUGGGAAGAAGACCAUGACCGUGCUGGCUGAGAGUGACCCCGGGUUCAAGAGGACCAAGACCCUCAUGCAGAGGACUGUGUCCCUGUCACAGAUGCUGAAAGAGGCGAAGGAGAAGGAGAGGGAGCGGCUGAGCUCCCAGCCUGUCAGCGAGCCCACGGCUCACUACGGCAUUCUCUUCGACGACUUCCAGGGCCUGUCCCACCUGGAGGCCCUGGAGAUCCUGUCCAAUGAGAGUGAGGGUCAGGUGCAGACGGUCCUGGCAGCGCUGGAGGAGGGGAUCUUGGAGGCUCUGAAGAAAGACCUGAUUGCCAUAAAGGAUGUCUUCCUGGAGGGCGACACUGAGCACGAGCAGGAGGAGGAGUCCGAGGAAAACGGUGAACCCUAUUCGCUAACUGAAUUUCCUUCAAGUCUUCCUGCCAGUGGGGAGGAGUUUGUCAGUGUUUUGACAGAGCUUCUGUUUGAGCUGCAUGUUGCUGCUACUCCAGACAAGCUCAACAAGGCUCGGAUGAGAGCACAUGAUUGGGUGAGGGAGGUGUCACACCCCAGUGUGGGGGAGAUCGCCGAAUCAGAGACGAAAGAAGGUCCAAAGGAGGGGCCAGAGGAGGAGCCGGGCAGUGACCCUGCCCCCUGCACCGGCAGUGACCCCACCCCCUCCUCAGGCCAGAGAGAGGAGGACAACCAAAUAGAAAAUGCCGGCCCUAAGACUGUGGAGGGAGUGUACCUCUCCUCGGUGGGCAGUCUGGCUGAGGUAACCGCUCGCAGCAUAGAGCAGCUGCACAAGGUGGCUGAGCUGAUCCUGCACGGGCAAGACCUGGAGAAGGCAGCUCUGGACCAGGCCCACAUCCUCGUCAGGCUGACAGCUGCCAUGUGCAAGGAGGUGGGCUGCCUGUCCAAGAGUUUCUCUGACACCCUGCUCAUCGUGGGGACCCAGAGGAAGGCAGAGGAGCUCAACCCCUUGGUGGACAGCAUCUUGCUGGAGGGUGCCAACAGCACCACCUACAUCCAGAACGCCUUCCAGCUUCUGCUUCCCGUGCUCCAGUUCUCCCACCUCCAGACCAGCCGAACCAGAACCGAGCCGGAGCCGCCCCAAGCCCAGCAACGCCCAGACCAGAGUUCAGACUGAGCGCCAGUCCAUGCGCCUGCCAAUCACUCAGCCGGGCAAUAGUGUCACUACAGGACCCUGUGUGUGUAUGUAUUUAUGUAUGUAUGUACAGUAGUAAUAUAUGUGGUCUUUGGCAAAGAAGGAUAUUAGAUUAAUAGCAGAAAUUCUAGGUAUUUGAGGUGGCAUUUGCAUCUGCUUUGAUGGCCUCUUACUUGGGUUUGCCCUUAUUGUAUGUUUUGUCUUCUCUAUGGUUUUAAAAGCUCCUCAUUUGAGGUACGCAGAGAGAAUAACUGCACUGGGGUGGCAAAUUCUGCAACAUGAUAAUGUACUGACAGUUUUAACAAGCCACUCAUUCAUUGCUACGUAUGAAUUAUUGAUCUUACAAAACUAGGUUGUAUUAUUUCAUUAAUUGUUCAUUCAUUAAUUUGAGGAAGGUACUGGAGGACAGACAUAUGUGCAGUACCCGUUUGAUCAGUUUUCUCAAAAAGGUCCUUCAAGUUGAACUAAUCGAUAAGGCUCUCCUUUUCAUGAUAGCCAACACAAAAUUGGCAAAGGGUUUGUUCUGCAAAAAAUUGUGAGUUUAAUAUCUUCUGUGAGAUUUUGUUCAAAGAAUGAACGGCAGACCUUGGGUGUCGAGCUAUAAACGGCCAUAUUGAUGUAUAGCGCAACUGCUGUGUGGGUUUUUCCGUUCACCGAAGGAAAGAGCUACGGAUAAGCAUACAAACACAGGAAGGUUAUUAGAUGCAAUAACUCACUCCCAGCUUUAUUAUUUGGCUUAAUAUGAUUACUAAGAGAGCAUUACUGCAGGACUAUUUUCUACCUGGAAUACAACUGCAUCGCUGCAUUAUUGUUACAUGUUUGCUGAACAGAAUGAAAUUGAAUAUUGCCAUUGACACUCUGUGGGGAGAGUCAUCCAUCUUACCACAAGCAGUGGACAAAAAAAUGGAAAACAUGUAAUUGACUCCCAAGUUUCUGGAGCCAAGAAACCUUGACUCCAGUGUGGCACUGGUAAUUUCCAGAAAAUUGAGCUGACAAGCGUUGCACGAACCCGGCCUGUAAUUGAGAACACAGCAAACUCAUGUGGGAGGGCUGGAGGCUUUGGGUGCCAGUCUCAUAGCAGCCCACAUAAUUUACUUUGUUGUCAGGUAAAUUAAGUAUAGCAGAGGUGAGUUAUGGUUAUUUAACGAACCUAUAUCUGCAAGACUACAAUUUGUAGGCUUAGGGUGGCAGUUGUGAGGUAUAACUGUAUUAAAAUGAGGGAUCAAAAGCAUUUUCUUUUCAUAUGAAAAGUCAAACCAAAACAAGAUUCAUAUUUUCUUUUAAGAUGGAAUAUUUGUUUAUUUGCUCCAUUUAUUCUUGCACUUUCAGUUUUCAGUCCAAGAAAAUCAAUGGUAUACAAGACACUCCUUUCUUUGCAUUUGUAUAGUUUGAUAAGGAGAGUAGCUUUCAUUGUGUUCACUGAGUAUCAGUAUGCUCACAUUCCAAAGUUGCUUUUUGUUCAUGUUUUAGAAUGUAUUUUGGGCAUACAGAUAUGCUGCUACAUUGUAACAAUGCUCAUGUUCUUAGGCGGAAAGUAUACUGAAACAGCUUUAUAUUUUGAUAAACAGUCAUAGUACAUUGCCGCGGCAGGCCUGUGAAAGGCAAUGGCAAUGUUUCGUUAAUUAAAUCAAUGACAGUUGUUUCAUUAAUUAAAAAGAAUAGAACACUAGAAGAAUAGAAGAAGCUGACGCCUCAUACACUAUAUUUCAAUACUUAAACACAUUGCACAGCAGUUGAAGUCCACAGUGUUUUAUGUAGAUUUUUGAUGUCAAUGUAUUCACCUUUCACAUUCACAUAAUCAGCCUUAGCAUGACGUUUUUGUGAAGAGUGGUCAAAGGGCUUUUUUUCCAUGAAAUGUACAUCUUUGUUUAGCUUUCAAAUCUGAGUGCAUUUAAUGUGGUCUUUAUCUAAUUUCUGAGAUUCUUCUUCUUCUCUCUUCAUUCUUUGGUGAAAAGUUGGAGGAUGAGAAUACAGUGUUGCAAAUAUCGAUAAAUCUGUUACUAAAUGUUUAUAAUGAUGAUGGCAGAUAUGCCAAUGGUAAUGGCUGACCAUGUAGCACUUCUUCUGAAUUGCUUUGUGAAGGGUACUUGGACCGGUCUCUCGUUCUAAAAUCUUAGCUUGCCCCCUCUCCUUUGCAAAUAUGAAGGAUGAAGUGUGUAAACAUGGUCCAUGUGUAUUAUUGUGUAAGUCGAGCUUCAUACUCUCUGUGUGCUAUUUCCACACCAUGGGGAAAUUACACGCAGUACUCUGGGAUCUUCGUUUCUUAUACAGAAAGGUAUAAAGGCAUAAUCAAAAGUUAUAAUGAAAUUGAACAUAUUUCUAAUUUUCUUGUUUUUAUCAUUUACAUAUUUAGUUGGAUAGAUAGAAAUACACUGCUGUGAAAUAGAACUUUAGUCAGUCUAUUUCCCUUCAUUGUAAGCCUCAGUUGCAUGCCCACAGGCAUUCAUCAGAUAGGGCAUAGUUUAUGGCACAAGACACCCUGAUGAAUGGCAGGUCGAAUGUCAGUGUUUGUUUGUAUUAUUCUGUGUCCUAGCAACAGAAUGGUUCAUUUCUUGAAUAUUUGGACAGGGGAUGGCGCCAAAAUAAUUAUUUUAAGAUCUUAUGUUUAAUUACCUACUGCUGGUAGCUCCAAAUAAGUAGCAUAUUACAUUAAAUAAAAGCCUAUUAAUCAUGCCUUAUGCUGUGACAUGGAUGAGUACAGAGAGUACGGUUUGGAUUGGGCUGAAGCCGGACACUGUUCUAUACUGUCCUAUAGUGUCCUGUACUGUCCUAUAGAGCUGCAGAUUGUCACAGGUAAUGAGCCAUUUCGAUGGUGGACUGGGCAUCUUCCCAUCUUUAGAUCUGCUCUGUCUUCUCCUACAUGCUUAUGCCUGAGUGGCCUUACACUGCGGACGUGGUUGCCAAAAAUAACUAUUAAUGCUGGAAUCUUCUUGAGACUGACUUUGAGUGUUCUCUAAAAAUAAAUUUGAGAAACAACAA